CACAGCAACAAGCAGCCUUACAGCCUUUCUGCAAUCAACAUACAUUUUACAGUUCAGUACAUUGUUGCCAGCUUCUGAAAUUCUUCAAAGAAAAGACUGCCCUUUUUAAUAACUUCUUGCUGUUAGAUUUCAGUACAUUGUUGCCAUCUUCUGAAAAUCUUCAAACAAAAGCCUGCACUUUUUAACAACUUCUUGCAGUUAGAUUGUAAAGAAGAAGCAUGGCACUGUGCAUAGUUAAAGGCUGUCCAAAUUCCAAAAAUAAAACACGGAUGGUGAAUUCUGUAUCUCUACAUUGUUUCCCACGGACUGCGGAUAAAGUUCGUAAUUGGUUGACUGCUACACGUCAGUACAGUGAUACGUUGGAUGAGAUGGUUAACAGAGUACUAGAAACCAACAAAUCCUCUCGCUACAGGAUGUGCUCUUUGCAUUUUACAUCUGAUAAUUUUUAUGCCCAGGGGCUAAAAAUGUAUCUUCAAAGAGAUUCUGUGCCAACCAUCUUCGGAAACCAAUUAACUCGGAAAAUCCAAUGUAUUGAAGCUGAAUCUUCGUUGCCAUCAAAUUCAAAAGUUAAACAAAACAUAGUGGUAUCCAUGAACAAUGGACAAGUGGUUGAGCAUGUAAUGGACAGUGUUGUCAAUACUGAUGCACAGCAUUCAAUUUCAUUUUUACAACCAGUGAAGUGCCAUACAUGUGGGCAUCACUUCAACAAACAGUUUACAGAUGUUGGAACAGCCACCGAUUACAACAAAUUACAUAAGGAAACACAGUUCCAAAGGUUUUAUGGUACAUCAUCAUGUAGAACACAAACAAAUAAAAUGUUUGGUAAGAGACAUAAUUCUACAUCAACUGUUGAUUUAUGUACAUCGAAAGAUGCAUAUACAUGGACAAUGGGUAACAUACAAAUGUCAGAAGACAAAUUGAUACAGACUGACAAUUUUGAAUUUUCUGGAUUCAUGGAAAGUACUCAAUUUGUUCAAAAUACAGAAAAAACUCUUUCCCCAGUUGUGGAUAAUAAGUCAACAAUUUUCCCAUCUUCUCCAGGUCAGUUUGAUAACAUUAAGAACAGUAUGGUUGAGAGUGCACUUUCAAACAGCCAUCUACAUAACCCCAUUGUCCAGGAUUCAAACUUUACUCCCGAAAUCUCAAUUGUAAAAGUUGAAGACUUCAGCUUCCAUUCAGAGACAACAGUAGAAGAAAUGGUGAAAGAGGAAAAAUAUGUAGUAUUUGAUAAAAAUAUUGAUUACCUUUUAAAAUUCUUGCCAUGUAGUAUACCCAUGUGUAAUGCUCCGGUUAUCUCUAAAAAUAAGACAACAUUGGGAAGCAUAUUGGUUGUGGAAGGAAAAUGCCUGGAUGGUCACAACACUGUGCUAUGGAAGAGCCAACCAACCAUUGGUAAGCUGGAACCAUUUUGAAAAAAUAAAAAAAUUCAGUGAAUACUUUGGUUUACAAACAAUUUGUAAACAGACUUACUAUAAUAUUCAAAGUAAAUACCUGUUCCCGACCAUACAUCACCAUUGGAUACAAGAUCGUACUAAAAACAUCAAUAGCAUUAAAAACCGUGGUGUCACAUUAUACGGAGAUGGGCAAUGUGAUAGCCCUGGGUAUAGUGCCAAAUACUGCACUAAUACAAUGAUAGAGGAAGAGUCCAAACAAAUUGUGGAGUUCAAUGUCAUCCAAGUGAGUGAAGCGUCACUUGUAGUGAAGUGAAUACAAAAUAUAUAUUUUUUUAUUUA